AUGGAGGAAAAAUGGUCAAUCGACAAGUUAGACUGGAGCAAUUGGAGUACUUGGAAGUUUCAAAUGAAGCAUUUGCUGUUGGCGAAAGGGCUGUGGGGUUUCGUAGACGGUUCGGAAGAGCUAGCAGGGUCAGCUUCGGGAGAAACGGCGGCACAAUUUCGUUCGAAAGCGCAAAGGGCGUUCUCAACAAUUGUUUUAGCAAUUAAAUCAGCUCAGCUAUAUUUGGUUAGCUCAUGUGAAAAUCCUAAGCAAGCGUGGGAUGCACUAAAGAAUCAUUUUGAUCGAGAUACGUUAGCGAACAAACUGUUUUUAAAGAAAAAGUAUUUCCGAACGGAGAUGAAAGAAGGAACUUGUAUGGAGAAACAUUUGAAACACAUGAAGGACAUCGCGGAUAAAUUGGCAGCUAUCGGUGCACCUAUCUCUGAAGAGGAUCAAGUUGUGACUUUAUUAGGAAGUUUGCCGAGAAGUUAUGCAACUCUUGUAACCGCCUUAGAAGCCAGAGUUGAUGAUGUGAAAAUGGACUUCGUUCAACAAGCUCUUAUGCAUGAAGAAUCGAAGCAAGGACCUAAGAACGAGUCAGUUAAGAAUGAGUCUGCCUUAAUGGGAAACCGAAAGAAAAAAUUUUCAGGAAAGUCGGACGUGUUUUAAGUGUGGAACUGUUGGCCAUAUUCGUCGAAAUUGCCCUCAGGAAAAAGCGAGAUAUACAAAGCCAGUGCAUAAAUCAAGACAUGGAGCAAAAGUCGGAAAGACCCAAAACUCUGAUAGUGAAUCUGAAAGUGGUGCUUGUGUAUUUACAGUGUCCGAGGGAAAUGCAAAGUUUUCUGAUUGUCAUUGGUUGAUCGAUUCUGGAGCUUCAAGUCAUAUGACGAAGGAAAAAAGUGUUCUGGUGAAUUAUCAACAGUUUGGGGAACCCGAAAGCGUUGCCUUGGGAGAUGGUCGUGUUGUACAAGCGUUGGGAUCUGGUAACGUGCAUAUGGAUAUGUUGUUCUCUGGGAGAAAGUCAAAGCGAGGUGUACUGUGUAAUGUGUUGUAUGUUCCAAAGCUUACCUCUAACCUGUUUUCCGUUCGAGCUGCCGUUGCGAAAGGUAACGUGGUGAAGUUUCGUGGUGAUAAAUGCUGGAUAAGUGAUGCCAGUGGGAGACUACGAGGAAUGGGAUCAUUAGCCAACAAGUUGUACAAGUUGGAUUGCGAAGACGUCUCAAACGGACACGCUACGUUAGCUUCACAGGAAAGUAGUGAUCUUUGGCAUCAACGGUUGGGACACGUACACGAGCAGCGACUAAAUAGCUGCAUUAAGAAUAAUAUUGUGAAAGGAAUUUGUUGUGAAAACGUUGACAAACUUUCGUUCUGCGAAGCAUGUUUGGCUGGAAAAAUGCAUCGAAAGCCAUUUCUUGCUCGGGAAGAAAUUCGUUCAUCUCACAAGCUACAGAUAGUACAUAGCGAUGUGUGUGGUCCAAUGUAA